CUGAGCUGGAGGAAGAGAAUUAUCAUCUUUGUAGUGAAUUGCAAACAGAAGUUGAUACUAACCGUCAGAAUGAAAGACGAAUUAAUCAACUGGAGCAAGAUUAUUCCCGGUGUGAGCAAGAAAUCCAAAAUCUCAAUAGGGAGAUAGAGCGCCUUGAAAAUGCUUCGGAAGAAGAGAUAGUGGAGUUGAAAUCUGAAGUCUCCAGCCUAAAAAGUCAGCUAUAUCAAGCUAAGAAGGAUGUAUGA